UGGAAGUGUUAUACUCGAAGAUCAUCGGCUUCCUUCCUAGCAUCGCCGCCAAUAUCACAUCUGGCGACUAUGUGGUUUCAUUUAAGAUGGCGAUCCCCUCGGGAUAUUGCGGUCAUGACGAUUAUCCGAAUAAACACACACACCGUAGAGUUCUGCUCAGAAAGAAGCACGACUCUUCGAAACACCACCAAGUCACGUUAUGACAUCUCUCCCAACUUCGAAAUGGGGUCGCGAGUUCAAAUACCUUGUCCAGUUGUUGCGCAAUACUCAAACGGGAACUUCAACAGGGCUAGCUCGUAGUUACCGUCAACUCACAGAAUGGGAUUCGCAAUUUGCGGCAGUCAUUCAUGAUCUCCUUGACCCAGAAAGUCCCCUGGCUGCCCAAUACACAGAACUUCACCAAGUCCUCUCCCGUCGUUAUGAUGCAGCCUUGGCCGACCGGGAUGUCGAAAUCUCCCGAUGCGAUCACUUGUUCUACGAUGAAACAGGCGCUGGAAGCCGAUCCGACGGCAUUCUCCACCAGACUCGCCGCCUGAUUGACCCAGAUACCGGAUCACGGAGUACUGCAGAGAAGAGGAAGAAAAGGUGGUUGCAGCGGUGUCGCAUAAUCACUGAAGACUUCGUUAUCCGGGGCAUUCUCGGCGCCGGAGCUUACGGUGUUGUCUUUCUUGCCCAUAAAAAGGGCAUGGAAAAUGAAUUGUACGCCAUCAAGAUGCAGAAUCUAGUCACGAUCUUCACAACGAUGGAACAACACAAUCGGCCGGAUGUGGUCGGACCUUGUGGGAAUAACCCUCAGGUGGCACCCUUGCUGCACGAAGAUCUCCCGGAUCUCAGCGGAUCCCAGAUCGAAAUUACAGAUCUCACCGGCUUCUACUAUGUUCCAGUCGAGGCAUACAUCCUGCUUCUUGCCAACGAGUGUGACAGAUUUCCAACCCUGGACUCAGUUUACAGCCACGAAGACUCUCAGGCUAUUGUGAUGUCCGCCCACGUCGACAAGGAGGUCGCCGCAAUGGACUGGGACCCCGACGCCACUUAUGAUCAAUGGGAAAGCGGAAAAGAGAAAAUUCGAGCCUGCACCGCCAAAGAACUGAUACAAUGGAAGAAGACGUACCUUAAGGAGCAUAUGGUCUGCAAGAUCGCGUCUCAUCUCCUGGAAGCAGUUGCCUAUUUGCGCGACAUGGGGAUCAGCCACGACGACAUCAAGCAUGAUAAUUACAUCAUAGACGAGAACCUUAACACGACCCUAAUAGACAUUGGGCUCUACAAAUUCGCACUCGAUGAAUUCGAUUACACAGACGAUGUAUUCAUUUACGCACCCGUCUACGAGGGGCUUAUCACGCCGGAAGUGACGUGCGAGCUCUUGAAAAAGGUUUACCAGCAGGAAGCGAAAAAGGGUGCCUUCUUGAAGAUCAAACUCACUCACGAUGUUCGGAUGGUCGGCUUGUGGGCGCUGGCCUCCAACAUCUACGAGAUUCUGCACGGGUACUUUCCUUGGGAAGAUCCCGAGUACGAUGAUAGGAUUGAAAGCCUGUAUUUCUACGCAUCGGCCAAAGGAGCGCAGCGGGAGAUGCGGGUGAAAGCAGUCGAUCAACGGCGCAGAAGGGUCAUAAACACGGAGGUGCCGCUCCGGGAGGGGCUUUCACAGGACUGUGCGGAUGCCAUGCUAAUGAUGUUCGCGAAGGAUCCGAAUGAAAGACCGAGCCUGCCGGUGGUGGAGUCUUACCCGUGGUUUGGCCAGUGGGAUUAUCGCGAUCCCCAGGAUUUCAGGCGACCUACAAGCGUUCGUGAGUACGAAGCAGAGUACGACAUCUCGUGAGUAUGAAGAACCGGAAGACAGACAAGCAGUGGGGUUAUCGGUGGCUGUCUCUUCUUUUUUCCUCGAAAUAGUGUUGUUGAUCUCUUUUGUUUGUCUGGUUGCAGAGUGCGUGGCCUCCCCGCUGGAUCAGGGUAGGCUACCAGAUCUGUUUGUACGAGACCCAGUUGUGUGUUGGUACAUUCAGCGUGCCUGG